AUGUGCGAACUAAAUGGCAGCCAGGAGGAGGAGUGCGUGGCAAUAGAGCACGAGGCGACCCGACAGACAAAAAUGCCCUCUACUGGCCCGAUCAGUGGUCUCAGCCCUAUAGCGAGGCAACCGGAGAGAUUAACUCCACGACAGCCGACAUGCAGUGACGUUCAGUCUAGAUGGCAGCAGCAACGCAGUAAAAUCUUCCGCAAUGUCAAUUGUAUCAGAUCUCCCGGCACCUCCAAGUGUUUCCUUCGGCGUGGAGAAAGAAAUUGUAGAGAGGCUAUACGUUAUCCGGAAGAGGAUGACAGUGUCACUGUGCGGUUGAAGAAUCCAUCUACUAUCUUGUCGAACGAAAUUCAGGCAUCAACAAAUACCAGUCAAUUUUCUGAUGAACCAACUGACCCUGUGGCAUUCUUAAAUGAACACUUCCGAAUACACAAGAUUGCUCCCCUGACACUACUAGAAAUGAAAAACUUGGUACUACGUUUCGUUCAGUUGAACACGCACGAGUACUUGAAAUAUGGUGUUGAGGUGAAAAACUUUUCGACAUCAUGGGCGGACGGUAUCGCAAUGUGCGCCCUUCUACACCACUUUUUCCCAAAUUCCUUCGAUUUCAACACUGUUCUUUCCGGAGGAAAAGCAGAGAACUACCGCCUCGCAUUUGAAAUAGCUGCGUAA